UGUCAGAAGCAGCCUGUCGCCACUCUCAGUGACAGGUCAUACUGCUGUGAAGUCUUUUCAACAUGGUACCUUUCUAAUACCGGACUCUGCUGCUGCCAUGACCUGUUUGGGUCGUCGUCUCUCUAACAACACCUGAUCCCUUCACAGCAGAGGAGCAGCAGAUCCCAUAGGCUGGGGUAAGGUUCAUGUGGAAGAUGGGGAACAUGAUGCGAGGUGUGAGCGCCAGAGAGAAGGCUGACACAAGCAACCAUGAAAGCUCUCCAAAAGUUUCAGAGGAAGACAUGAUGGUGGUGCUUCAGGACUACCCUUCUCCAGAUAUCAGCGAGCCCAUCUACAGGAUGGGAGAGAAGCUCAAAGUUGUCGCCCAGGAGGCGUACUGGUGGAGAGUCCGCUCACUGCAAACAGGAAAGGAGAACUAUAUACCAAACAGCCAUGUGGCUAAAGUUUACCACGGGUGGUUGUUUGAAGGCUUGGAGAGGCAGAAGGCAGAGGAGCUGCUCUGUCUGCCAGGGAACAGAGUCGGAUCAUUUUUGGUGCGGGAGAGCAGCAAGGAGAGAGGUCUGUAUUCAUUGUCAGUGAAGCACAGGAUCAUAAAGCACUAUCGCAUCUUCAGACUGGAUAACAGUUGGUACUACAUCUCCCCUCGCCUUACUUUUCAGUGCCUUGAAGACAUGAUCAACCACUACUCUGAUUUUGCAGAUGGCCUAUGUUGUGCAUUAACCUCCCCGUGUCUGUCGGGCACUAUCCCUCCAGCAGAUGUAACUAAUGGCGCUCCACCUGUAGUCAUGAGAUGCAACUUUGACUGGAAGAAAGUAGACAGGAGUCAACUGGUCAGCACAGAAAGCUGCAGUGACAACAUGGUGAGCUACGGAGUCAGGAACAGCAUCGCUGCCUACCUGUCCUUUUCAGGGAGUCAACAGCCUGCACAGACAAAAGCAGAAAACAGGAAGAAAAAGAGCAAAUCUGUGUAUGCGCUUCCCGAGCACGGCCUCGCAAACAUUGACUAUGAGGAAGAAGUGUAGAGACAGUGGGUGGAGUUCAAAGACUGGAAUAUGUUUGAGUGGAGAGCAGUGAAGAGUGUCCUCCUUUGAAAUCCAUCAUGUCAGCACAGGGCUGCAAAAACGGACAUUUGUUUUCAGCAUUCAAAACAUCUGAGAGGGUUUUAGCUGAUAUGAGCACUGUGCAUUGCAUUACAGCUUUUACAAUGACUUGGCAAAAAGCAGGAACUAUGCAGAACUGAACUGUACAAUGGUGCAAAAGGAACUGUGAUCUGUAUUCUGCAUAAGAGCCAAACAAAUCUUGUAAUUUUGAUUGUGAAAUAAGACUUUAAUGUUAAGGGUAUUGUGGGUAAUAUUAUGUAUAAGAGUAUUAGAAGCUUCCAAACUAUUUUCCUGUGUUGUAUAUUAUUGCACCAUUUGACACCAUCUUAAAUAUUUGUCAAAUUCCCCUUUUUCUAAGCUCUUUUUACCUCUGUACAAAUAAUAAGGGAACUAUCUUCUUCACAGCUGCUAACAUUUCCACUAUUUAUACUAGCUUGUUGUCUUCGCCGUUUAAUGAGAAUAACGUAUUUUACAGUGGGUUUACCUGAGCUUGACAUUACACAGAGUGAUGAUGGAGAUACUGUAAAGAUCCAGACUGGAAGUCUCUACUGACCAAUUCCAAGUUUCUACUCUAAAGAGCUAACAGGAAAUGCAAAGUAGGGUUUUGAUGUGUUUGUAUAAAGUAUAUGGUGUCAAAGAAAAAUAUAAUUUGGAAUAUUACAGACAUGUAACAGGGAACAUUCAAAAAGAGAGUAAACAGCUUAUAUUUUAUUUUAUAUUUAAUUUUAAUCCUUUUUUUAUAAGAAAAAAGGACUACAUACAGCAUUUAUGCAGGUGAUUCGUAUCUAUUUAGCUAUUGGAUCAAUAGCUCUGUCUUUAUGGUUUGUUGUCUUGCACUUUAGCACGCUAGUAUUUUAAGUAUUUGGGAACCUUCCGUGUUUAUUUCACUGAAUCCAGGAUUAAAAGCAUCAGUGACUUCAAUGGGCAGUACUUCUGACGAUUCCUUAAUUCAAAUUUCCGUGCAGACAUCCUGCCUAAACUGUUGGUAUUUGUUGAACUCCCUCUGCUGAGCUUUGGACUUGCCAGUGUGUUGUCUCACUAAUUUUACAUGUUUACCAUAUGGCGGGCAGACUGAAGAUGAUACAAAACACUCAUCUUUCAUAAAGGCAUGCAAUCAAACCUUUUUUUUGUCUGUGUCGGAAAAACUUAAAACCAAACUUCCCUCCAACAUUGUCAUGCUCUUGCUUGAGCAAUAUCCUCUUCUGUACUCAAGGCUCGACCUGAACAUUUUUAACCACUAACCCCAAAGAGCAGACUGUAUGUGAUAACAUUGACUUGGGCCUAAAAAUACUGAGCCCAGCAUGUGUUGUUAUCUAUAGGUUUCUGCUACUCUUGUGCAUCUGAUUCAGACAGUAAUAUGUGAUAAAUAUAUCCAUGAAUGUGA